GGGACAGAUGUCUUGGGAUCUUUAACAUUUGGGAUGCUGCAAAUGCCGAAGUUAAAUGAAAUGCCUCCGGGGAGGGGAGGCCGGGAGGAAUCGCGGGGGGAGGACAGCUGGCCUGGACGAGCAGGUCCCGAGGCUGCGAGGCGCGCGCGGGGGGCGCGGGGGCAGGCGGGCGGCGAGGGAUCUCCAUGGGACAGCUGGGGAAACUCCAGGCCACCUGCACAUCCUGGCCCAGGCUGGGAAGGGUGUCGGCCCCUCCUCCUCUGUGCCCCCUCCUCCCAGAAGUCCACCAUGGAGAGCAAGGAUGAGGUCAGCGACACCGACAGCGGCAUCAUCCUGCAGUCUGGCCCCGACAGCCCGGUGGCCCCCGCGAAGGAGCUGACCCACGCGGUGCGCAAGCAGCAGAGGGCCCUGGAGGCGCGGCUGGAGGCUUGUCUGGAGGAGCUGAGGAGGAUCUGCCUGCGGGAAGCGGAGCUGACGGGCAUCUUGCCCACAGAGUACCCCCUCAGACCAGGGGAGAAGGCCCCCAAGGUCCGCCGCAGGGUUGGAGCCGCUUACAAACUGGACGAGUGGGCCUUGCACAGAGAGGACCCACUGAGCAGCCUGGAGAGGGAGCUGGCCCUGCAGCUGCAGAUCGCCGAGGCCGCGCGGCGCCUGUGCCGGGAGGGGAACCUGGGCCGCCAGGCGCGCCGGCAGCGGAAGCACGCGGUGCAGCAGGAAGAGAAAAAGCUACGGGACCUGCAGCGCUGCCUGGGGGAGUGGCAGCGAGGUAAUGGGGCCCCUCCUGCCUUGGCCCCAGGCCCAGAGCUCGGCGCCUCAGACGACAGCUCCCUGUUGGACGGGCUGCUCCGUGAGGAAGAGGCAUCUCAAGUGCCAAAACCUCCCCCAGAGUCCCCAGAUGCGCCUUCCCGGCCUCUCCCGCCCCAAACCCUCGAGGGGCUGCAGCCAGCAGGCCUUGACAUGGGGGGCCUGGAGCGGGCCCCCAUCCAGAACAGCCCCUGGAAGGAGACAAGCCUGGACCACCCCUACGAGAAGCCCAGGAAGUCUUCCGAGCCCGGAAGCGAGUCCAGCAGCCCGGCCAGCACCCCGCAGGAUGGGCCCAGCGACUCCAGCCCUGCCUCCUGCUACGUGGUCCCCGUCCGCAACGUUGCCGGGCAGCGGCAGGGCCGCAUCAGUGCCCCGGCCACCCCUGAGAUGCAGGGCAGGAGGGGCCAGUCACAGCCCCUGAGGACCGACCCCUUCCGCGCGGGCACCGACGGCAGGGGUCGCAGCGCCCUCCCGCGCCGCCGCCCCACUUACUACACGGUGACGGCACCCGCGCCAGUGCCGUGCCCCGCCUGCCACUCGUGCUCCGAGGACAGCGGCUCCGACGCCUCCAGCCUGUCGCACCCGACGCCGCCCGGCAGCAGCAGCCCCGACAUCUCCUUCCUGCGGCCACUGUCCCCGCCCGCGCCGCCCCGCCCGCGCGUGCCCCGCGGCCCCCGACUCCGGCCUCCCCCCGCCUGCCUGAGGGCCGCGCGCUACCUGGUGCUGGCUGAGGGCCGCCCGCCGCCCGGCCAGUGGGGCGAGUGGGGCCCGGGCCGUGGCGAGGACGCGGCCGCCCCGCGCUGGCAGCGCCCACCGCCCGCCCACGGCCGCGUGGCCCGGACGCCCUCGCUGCGCGACAGCCCCGCGGGCCGCGGGCUCAGCAAGGCGGCAGUGUCAGAGGAGCUCAAGUCGUGGCACGAGCGGGCCCGGCUCCGGAGCUCACGCCCCCACUCGCUGGACCGCCAGGGGGCUUUCCGCGUGCGCAGCCUGCCGCCUGGCGCCGAGGGCUUCGCGCGCACACAGGUACGCGCCCGGGUGCCCACCGUGUGUGUGCUCCGGAGAUCGCCCGAGGGGGCCCCCGUGCAAGUGUUUGUACCUGAGAAUGGAGAGAUCAUCAGCCAGGUGUGA